AAGACCCGUCCCCACGUUUCGCCUUUAAAUACGUGACUUACGAGUUUCCGCAGGUUUAUACGGCCACCCGGGAGCGUGGAUGGGGUGCGAGGGGUCCCUCUUGAAUGCGGGGUCCGCCCUCGGGUCCUCCCUCGCGUCCGCCCUCCCGGCCGCGUCGACGUCCCCCCCGACCGGGAAGCGGAAGAGGUCCUGGUCCCGCGCCGUUUUCUCCAAUCUGCAGAGGAAAGGACUCGAGAAACGGUUCCAGAUCCAGAAAUACAUCACGAAGCCGGAUCGGCGACAGCUGGCGGCCACGCUCGGCCUCACAGACGCUCAGGUGAAGGUCUGGUUCCAGAACCGAAGGAUGAAAUGGAGGCACAGCAAAGAAGGGAAGGAGAGGCGAAAGACGGAGGAGACCGAGGAGAAACCGGAUUCCGCCAGCUGAGCCAUCGGCACAAAAAUACAGAUCGAAUAACAUAUUUUAAAAUGCUCAUGAAACGUCGACGUGGGCUUCCGUGAAAGCGAAGA